AUGGUGGAAUCCACUAUUUUGAAGAUCAAAUACGGCUCCGAAUUUCGAAGACGGUUAAUCAACCACCAGAAUGAUGUCAGUUACAAUGAUCUGGUCUUCAAAAUCCAGACCCUGUACAAGUUGGACGCGAACAGCAACAUUCAUCUCAAAUACAAGGAUGAAGAUGGAGACUUCAUUAGCCUUUACGAUGACGACGACGUGGCCUUGGCUAUUCAUGAGAAGAACCUUCUUUAUAUUGAAGUUUUUGUUGGUAAGUUCAAUUUUUAGAUUUAUUUGUGUUUUUAGAACAAUCUGAGAGAGCCGAAUCGCCAUUGGAGGCGCCAGUGAAGACGAACGUCGCCACGAUCGACCCUUCUCGCCACGAACAAGUUGAACCCAAUGGUGUCGUGUCCCAUGCUCAAGAAGUUGAGCAACUCAAUGAUCCACCGAAGUUGGAAAACAUGUCUUUGAACGAUCAAACAUUGGAGAACGUUCCAAUCGAUGACAAACCGGUUGAUAAUGGAUACUACAGCCAAUUCGACCAAGUUUCCCAGAUGAAAUCGGAACCCCAAUAUCAGCAACCACCCCAAGCUCAGCAACAGUUCCAGCCACAGCAAGCACCUCCCCAACAGCCUCCGGCCCCUCAGCCAAUUUACGGCGGUUUUGCUCCUCCAAUGCCACAACAACAACAACAAUAUCCACCAAACAGCACUCCUAGUCUUCCUCCUCAACAAGCCCCAGUGUCUUCUGCUCCUUACCAAGGCUUUGCUGGUUACCAACCUCCAUCGGCACCUACUCCCCAGCCUCAACAACAGGCUUCUUAUAACAGUAUGACCCCACAACCACCUACCGGAGUUCCUCAACAACACGUUCCCCCACAAGGCUUCCAACCUCCUCCAUCUGCGGGUGGUCCACCUCCAAGUAUUCCUCCACCAGGUAAGCAUUGAAAAACUUAGAAAAACUGUUUUCCUUGAUAAAUUUUUAGUUAUUAUACAUAUUUUACUUUUGAAAUCCAAAAGUGACAUUGUUUUACGUUCUUUCUAAAUGUUUCAGGCGCGUUCCCUGGAGGACAAGCUUUCAAUCCAUUUGCUAGAGGAGCCCCACCACAACAACAACAAGCCCCACCCCAACAGAACAACUUCAAUCGCCCGUACGGAAACUAUUGA